CAUGAAUGAAAUCAGCAACACAUCCGUCUCUCUUCAAACAUGGAAAACACUACAGCGAAACACGUCACCAUCAACAAUGCAGCAGACAUCAGUGUGAUCAUCAUCUACUUUCUGGUGGUCAUUGCAGUAGGAAUUUGGUCUACAUUUAGGACUAAUCGUGGCACAGUAGGCGGCUACUUUCUUGCAGGUCGGACGAUGGUGUGGUGGCCUGUGGGAACAUCUCUUUUUGCGAGCAACAUUGGCAGUGGACAUUUUGUUGGUCUUGCUGGAACAGCAGCUGCGAGUGGAAUUGCUGUCGGGGGGUUUGAGUGGAAUGCACUAUUUAUUGUUUUGUUGUUGGGCUGGGUGUUUGUACCAGUUUAUUUAACUGCAGGGGUAAUUACAAUGCCGCAGUAUCUCAAGAAAAGAUUUGGAGGGUCUAGGAUUAGCCUGUACCUCUCAAUCAUUUCACUCUUCCUUUACAUCUUCACAAAGAUUUCUGUUGACAUGUUUUCAGGAGCGGUUUUCAUCCAGCAGGCUCUGGGCUGGAAUAUCUAUGUGGCAGUGAUUGCUCUGCUCUGUAUAACAGCUCUAUAUACGGUCACAGGAGGACUCGCUGCGCUGAUGUACACAGAUACGGUACAGACCUUUGUUAUCAUCGCUGGAGCCUUUGUCCUCAUGGGAUUCUCUUUCUAUGAAGUUGGAGGCUACAGUGCUUUACUGGAGAAGUAUAAUUCAUCACUGCCAUCUCAGACAUUGUCCCUAAACCCUAAUGAGUACAACAUCUCCCAACAUUGUUACAUGCCACGAGAGGAUGCCUUUCAUUUGCUUAGGGAUCCCACGACUGGUGAUCUGCCAUGGCCCGGUGUGAUUUUUGGCAUUGCAAUUAUUGGUAGCUGGUACUGGUGUACUGAUCAGGUAAUUGUGCAGCGCUGUUUGGCCGCUCGCAGUCUAACGCAUGUAAAGGCUGGAUGUAUUUUGUGUGGAUACCUCAAAUUGCUCCCAAUGUUUCUAAUGGUGUUUCCAGGCAUGAUCAGCAGAGUGCUUUACCCUGAUGAUGUAGGUUGUGUGGAGAAAAGCGUCUGUAAUAAAGUGUGUGGUACUGAAGUAGGAUGCUCCAACAUUGCCUAUCCAAAACUGGUGGUUUCAGUCAUGCCAACAGGUCUCAGAGGUUUAAUGCUGGCAGUCAUGUUAGCAGCUCUCAUGAGCUCACUGGCAUCUAUCUUCAACAGCAGUAGCACCUUGUUCACCAUGGACAUUUGGACUCGUAUCCGGCCUCAAGCUAGGGAUAAGGAGCUCAUGGUAGUUGGAAGGGUGUGGAUACUCUGCAUUGUUGGCAUAAGCAUAUGCUGGAUCCCAGUCGUCCAGGCAGCCCAGAGUGGUCAGUUAUUUGACUACAUUCAAUCUGUGACUAGUUACUUAGCCCCUCCUAUAGCAGCAGUCUUCUUCCUUGCCAUUUUUGUGAAGAGGGUUAAUGAGUCGGGUGCUUUCUGGGGCCUGAUGGGAGGACUGGUUAUGGGUCUGUGUCGUAUGGUACCAGAGUUUGUAUUUGGCUCAGGAAGCUGCCUUAAACCAUCCAACUGCCCAAAAGUCAUAUGUGGAGUCCAUUACCUUUACUUUGCCAUACUGCUCUUCUUCUGCACUGCUAUUCUUGUGCUCUUCGUAAGCUAUAACACACCACCUAUAAAAGACAAACAUCUCCAUCGCCUUGUCUUUACCCUGCGCCAUUCUACAGAAGAAAGGGUCGAUCUGGACUGGGAGGAAGAGGAACGAGGAAGGAAAGCUCGAAGAGAGGCAGAUGAAAAGAGGAGGGCCAAAAAUGAUGAAGAUCAAAUUGAACGAGGUGAACAAUCCAUCAUGAUGAAGAUUAUUGGCUGGUUUUGUGGCAUAAGUGAUACACAAGCUCCAGAGCCUACAGAAGAGGAAGUGACUGAAGCAUCAAAACAAUUACCCGAUAUAAGUGAAAACCCACUUUGGAAGAAUUUAGUCAAUGUUAACGCACUUAUAAUGAUGACUGUGGCCGUUUAUUUUUGGGGAUUCUAUGCAUGAUGGGGAACAUGCUAACCUGGCACAUGAAUCAGUGUUUCCCAAUCCUGGUCUUGGAGUAAUUCGCAACACUGCAUAUUUGGUAGAUCUCCCUAUUCAAACACACCUGAUAAACUCAUCAGUAUGUUAUUGGCGACUGUGGAGACAAGAGUGUCGGAUAAGGGAGAAAUCUAAAGUGCAGACUUUUAGGUGUGCAGAUCAAGGUUGGGAAACACUGAAACUCUUUGAAUUCUUCUACACAAUCUGUUAAUCAGCGCAUUUGAUAAAAUCUGCCAGUGAAAAUACUUUAUUAAAUCACUGAAAAUGCAA